GCCUGGCUUAGCGUGCUGCUCGGACUCGUGCUGGGCUUCGUGCUGGCCUCGCGGCUCGUCCUACCCCGCGCCUCCGACCUGAAGCGAGUGGGCCCGCGGCGUCGCCCCAGCCCCGAGGGCUGCCGGCCCGGGCAGGCUGCAGCGGCGUCCCGACCCGGCGGGGCGCGGGGCGAUGCGCGCGGGGCGCAGCUCUGGUCUCAGGACCCGGCCACAGAGGGCGGCCCGCGUGACAGGAACUUUCUCUUCGUGGGUGUCAUGACCGCCCAGAAAUACCUGCAGACCCGCGCUGUGGCUGCCUUCAGAACAUGGUCCAAGACAAUUCCUGGGAAAGUUGAGUUCUUCUCUAGUGAGGGUUCAGACACAUCUAUACCCAUUCCAGUGGUGCCACUACGGGGUGUUGAUGACUCCUAUCCACCCCAAAAGAAGUCUUUUAUGAUGCUCAAGUACAUGCAUGACCACUACUUGGACAGAUACGAAUGGUUUAUGAGAGCAGAUGAUGAUGUUUACAUCAAAGGAGAUCGUCUGGAGAGUUUCUUGAGAAGUUUGAAUAGCAGCGAGCCCCUCUUUCUCGGACAGACAGGACUGGGCACCACAGAAGAAAUGGGAAAACUGGCCCUCGAGCCUGGUGAGAACUUCUGCAUGGGUGGGCCUGGUGUGAUCAUGAGCCGGGAGGUGCUUCGGAGAAUGGUACCACACAUUGGCAAGUGUCUCCGGGAAAUGUAUACCACCCAUGAAGAUGUGGAGGUGGGAAGAUGUGUCCGGAGGUUUGCAGGCGUGCAGUGUGUCUGGUCUUAUGAGAUGCAGCAGCUUUUUUAUGAGAAUUAUGAACAGAACAAGAAGGGGUACAUCAGAGAUCUCCAUAACAGUAAAAUCCACCGAGCAAUCACAUUGCACCCCAACAAAAACCCACCCUACCAGUACAGGCUACACAGCUACAUGCUCAGCCGUAAGAUUGCCGAGCUGCGCCACCGCACAGUCCAGCUUCACAGGGAAAUUGUUCUGAUGAGCAAGUACAGCAACACAGAGAUCCAUAAGGAAGACCUCCAACUGGGCAUCGCCCCAUCCUUUAUGCGCUUCCAGGCCCGCCAGCGAGAGGAGAUCCUGGAAUGGGAGUUUCUGACUGGGAAAUACUUGUACUCAGCCACUGACGGCCAGCCUCCCAGGAGAGGGAUGGACUCAGCCCAGAGGGAAGCCAUGGAGGACAUCGUCAUGCAGGUGAUGGAGAUGAUCAAUGCCAAUGCCAAGACUCGGGGGCGCAUCAUCGACUUCAAGGAGAUCCAGUAUGGCUACCGUCGUGUGAACCCCAUGUAUGGGGCAGAAUAUAUCCUGGACCUGCUGCUCCUGUAUAAGAAGCACAAAGGGAAGAAGAUGACAGUCCCCGUGAGGAGGCAUGCAUACCUGCAGCAGACCUUCAGCAGGAUCCAGUUUGUGGAGCACGAAGAGCUGGAUGCCCAGGAGCUGGCCAACAGGAUAAACCAGGACUCUGGGUCCUUGUCCUUUCUCUCCAAUUCCCUCAAGAAGCUCGUUCCCUUUCAGCUUUCUGGGUCCAAGAGCGAGCACAAAGAGCCCAAAGAUACAAAGAUAAACAUUCUGAUCCCUUUGUCUGGACGUUUUGACAUGUUUGUGAGGUUCAUGGGGAACUUCGAGAAGACAUGUCUCAUUCCAAAUCAGAAUGUCAAGCUGGUCGUUCUGCUUUUCAAUUCCGACUCCAACCCUGACAAGGCCAAACAGGUUGAACUGAUGAGAGAUUAUCGUGUCAAGUAUCCUAAAGCUGACAUGCAGAUUUUGCCAGUGUCUGGAGAGUUUUCAAGAGCUCUGGCCCUUGAAGUAGGAUCUUCCCAGUUUAAUAAUGAGUCUUUGCUCUUCUUCUGUGAUGUGGACCUGGUGUUUACUACGGAAUUCCUGCAGCGGUGUCGAGCAAACACAGUUUUGGGUCAACAAAUAUAUUUCCCAAUCAUCUUUAGCCAGUAUGACCCAAAGAUUGUGUAUAGUGGGAAAGUUCCCAGCGACAACCAUUUUGCCUUUACUCAGAAAACUGGCUUCUGGAGAAACUAUGGGUUUGGUAUUACUUGUAUUUAUAAAGGAGAUCUUGUCCGAGUAGGUGGCUUUGAUGUGUCCAUUCAAGGCUGGGGGCUGGAGGAUGUGGACCUCUUCAACAAGGUCAUCCAGGCAGGCUUGAAGACCUUCAGGAGCCAGGAAGUAGGAGUCGUUCACAUCCACCACCCUGUCUUCUGUGACCCCAAUCUGGAUCCCAAACAGUACAAAAUGUGCUUGGGGUCUAAAGCAUCAACAUAUGGGUCCACACAGCAGUUGGCUGAAAUGUGGCUUGAAAAAAAUGAUCCCAGUUACAGUAAAAGCAAUAAUAACGGUUCUGCACGGACAGCCUGAUGUCCAGCUCUGCUGAAAAGAACAUUUUUAAUUAUCUAAUUUAUUUUUCAAAAACUUUUUGUAUGAUCAGUUUUUGAAGUCCAUACAAGGGAUAUAUUUUUCAAGUGGUUUCUUACACAGGACUCCUUUAAGAUUGAGCUUUUGAACAAAAAUGUGAUCAAUGUUUGCCUUUGAACACAUCUUGCUGAACAUUAUGUAGCAGACCUACUUAAUCCUGACUUGAAACAUACCUGAUAAAACUUUUUAUAAUAAUUUUUGGGUUUGUUUUUUUUUUUACAUUUCUUUUCCAGACCCUACCCCUUUCUUUAUAGUACUAGGGCAGAAAAUGCGAACAUUCCUACAAAGUAUUAUUGUGAGAAAAAAACACUGUAACUCUGAUAUUCUGUUGUGACUGUUAACUUUGCACAAAUUCUACCUUUUGCUUUUUUUUUUUUUUUUUUUUUAAAGCAGUUUCUUUUAAGCCGUCUUGAGUUCCAGUCCUAAGGAAACAUGAUACUAGCUGUAUCAUCAUUAUCUUCUGGACAGCUUUCUAAAUUUGAUUAUUUCCCUCAUACUGUGUUCCACCCACUGUGGUCACACAGGUUUUUAUAAGCAGGGGGAGCCAGGAAAGCACAGAUGUGGCUGACCCUACUGUAAUUCCUUGGCCUAUAUGGACCUUGUGCUAAAGUCCAAAAGGACUUGGCAUUUUCUCUCUAACCUUUCUUAUCAGACGGCAAAGUAUUAUUUGGGAUGACCAAGAAGAAUGAUGGUUCCAAGUUUAAUGUAUGUAAGCUAAACACACCCUAAUGAAACUCGAGGGGAACAUCUGGGGCUUUGUUCUCUUCAUCCUGUCUGUGUUGUUGGUGGAGAUAAUUACUUUGUUUUUUAAUUACUAUUUUGUUUUAUCCUGUUUAUCUGAAAUACCUUUAAUUUAUUUAAUACCCAUUGUUUAGAUCUCUGCUGUUCCUUGAAUACCUGUUAGUUACUAGUAUUUAUGUGUACCAGGAGUGUUGUUAGGAUGUUUUAUUUGUGGUAAACUGAUCUCCAAAGAUUUCCUUUUGAAAACACUUCUUAAUUUUUGCAUUCCCACCUUACUAAAUAUUAAGUGUUCAUGGAUAAUUUUGGUGCUCAUGUGUUUUGGGGACACAAGUGAAAUGAAUCUGUCAUUACACCAGAAUGUUUGUUUUCAACUCACAGAUCAAAUGUGCCUUAAUUUUUUUUCAUUUAGAUGUCAGUUGAUAGAUUUGCCAUUUUAAUACACAUCAUUGGAGAUCUGCUUAUUUGUAAAUAGCCUAUUGCUCAUUUGAAAAAAUAAACCAGUGAACAAUAUUUUUCUAUUGUACUUUUCAGACCCAUUUCGUCUCCUUAUUUCUGUGUUAACUGAAGAACUGUACUGCAUUUGAAAAGUAAAAACCUUAAACACGG